AUGAUCCGUCUUGAAGGAAGAGUCAGCAUGUGGUUGUGCUUAGAGUGUGAUGGUCCCAAUCCUGAGUACAAAUGUCAGGACUGCUUCGGGUCAGAGCUUCAUUGCUCAACUUGUAUUUUGUCAGUCCAUGCGCACCACCCGCUUCACCGAUUGCAGAAGUGGAACGGUCAAUACUUCGAGCGAAUUUCUCUGAAAGCCCUGGGCCUCCGCAUUCAGCUUGGUCACAUCACUGGCCGGCAAUGUGUCAAUCCUCACCGUGCUUUUAAUGACGAUUUUGUCAUUAUCGACAUCUUCGGUAUACAUGAAGUGUCACUCGACUUCUGCGGUUGUGCAAUAGCCGAAAGUCGUAUGCAACAGCUACUUCGAAUGUCAUUAUUUCCUUCAACAACCUCAGAUCCAAAAACUGCUGCAACAUUCCGUGUUCUGGAGCAGUAUCACCUGCUCUCGUUUGAGUCAAAAAUAUCUGCCUAUGAAUUUUAUCAUGGACUUCGCCGGAUGUCUGACAACACCGGUCUACUUCUCAUUAAGGAUCGAUACGAGUCGUUUAUGCGGAUGAUUCGUGAAUGGCGUCACCUGAAGAUGCUCAAACGCUCAGGGCGAGGUCACGAUCCGAAGGGUGUAGAAGCGACAGCUCAAGGUGAAUGUGCUGUAUUGUGCCCAGCUUGUCCACAUCCAGGGAAGAACCUUCCAGAUAAUUGGAAAGAUGCACCUCGACGUUGGCUCUACGGAUUGUUCCUUGCUAUCUUCCUACCCUUUGUGCACGGUCUUAACACUAUCGAUGCAAACUUCCGGUUGAAACGCAAGGCUGUCUCGAAUGACAGCGUGGACCCAAGCCUGAGUUCUGGGUGGGCCUAUUUCGUGGAGGAUGAAGCUUAUAAGGGCUUCUUGGACAGCAAUUCGGACAAUACCCAAGAGAAAUCAACAUGCUCAAGUCACAACGCUGUGAACAUGGCAGACACAAAAUCUAAUCGUGGACUUGCUGCCACAGGUUUAGGUACUGUUGACUGUGCCCGCCACAACAUGAAACGGCCCAAUGCUGUUGGAGAUCUCCAAAAGGGUGAAAGAUAUGUCAACAUGGAUUAUUUAUUCUUCUCAACGCUGUGCCACACUGUAAUCGACACUCUGAAUGUAUCUUACGAUAUUGCGUGCCAGUGGCACAAAAAAUUAUGGCACCGUAUGAGCACAUUUCCAGUCUCAAUGCACCUCCUGCCCACUUUCAAAACUAUCUCUUUUUUCGUCCCAAAGUUCCACCUUCCUGCUCACAUCGAGGAGUGUCAAACCUCAUUCUCGUUCAAUUUCAAGAGUGGGGUCGGUCGGACUGAUGGAGAAGCACCCGAGCGUGGCUGGGCCAAUAUCAACCCCGUCGCUUCAAGUACUAAAGAGAUGGGUCCUGGUGCACGGCGAGACACCCUUGACGACUACUUUGGAGACUCAAAUUGGAAAAAGGUAGUUAAACUUGGUCAUACUAUGCUUCACAAGAUGAAGGAUGCAUUACCGGAGCGGCAGGAUCAUCACGAAGCCCUUGAUGACCUUGAAGAAGGUUUGAGAGGUGAAUAUAGUGCCGCUCUCGCCCAGUGGAGAGAACAGGUGGAGGCUUGGGAGCGUGACCCUGCAAAGCCAAAUCCUUUCGAACGAAGGGCGGAAACUGUCACUAUGGCUUCUGUGCGACUGGAACUGGCUAGGGAUGACCAGAAUGAUAUUCAAACAGGGACUUGCCUUGCGCUACACGAGGACUGUACUCCUAGUGUAUUGAUCAGUACCGGCUUAGAACUCGAGGAACAACAACGGCGAAUGAAAGCUGACAGAGCCGGCCUCAGAGUUCACGCAACAGACAAUCAAGAAGGGAAGAUGCUUCAGCGGAAUAACACUCUGCAACGCAGGAUCGACACCUGGACUAAAUUACAGGAACUAUACAUGCCGUCGCUCGCUGCACUACGUGUCAGUGAGAGUUCAGUAUCUGGUGGCAUAGCCACUGCAGUAGCUACACCAGAAACCGUCAAACUCUGGCUACCAUCCCAAAUCGGCAAGACAGCACCUUGUGACACCCGCCUCCAAACCAUCGAAUGGAAGCUCCGGUAUGCGCAAGCUCACGAUGCACUCCGUUCCCUACGUUCAAACUACGAGUCAUGUUUCUGCUUCCAGCCCCCCAUCCAGAGUCGAGUCUACAUGCGCGAAUAUACAUCGCCCACUGCAAUCCUCAAGUAUAAAGAUCGCAACCUUCGUGGACAAGGUGCGAAUACGAGGGCACGGAAUACACUCAAAGCUGUUGAAGCAAGGCUUGAGGCUGCCGCCAGCACGUAUGAGCGUGCCCAUAAGGCUCUCAUGAUUGGGUGGCACUCCUCACUGCGGCCACUAAACCGAGCGGAUAUCCGCUCGAUGACAGAUCUAUUAUGGGGGGAAUCAGAGGGGACAAGAAAACUAUCUUGGAUCUGGAAUAUGCGAGGAGCUGCACCUGACGAGAUGGACAAGGACAAUGCUUUGGAAGGCGAGGCACGGGCGAUGCGCUGGGCUGAAGAGGUGGAGCUGCUGAAGGAAGAGAUGCGGAGGAUCCUACAAUUUUUCGAAUGGGAUGCGCAAUGCUGGGACGAGCGAGGGCUAGAAGAUGCCUUACACGACGUGGAUGAUGAUGAUGAGCGCGAGGGACUGAUAGCAUAUGCCAAACGUCAAGCUUCGUUAUGUCGAAGGCUCGCUGAGUCCUUCAGGACUAGUUGGACUGACACCUUGGCACUGGCGGACAUAUUCAACCACUCACUCGUCACUCAGCAAGACAUGGACAUUGAUUGA